UAUUCAAUUCCUUUUCCCACCCAUUAGAUUUUUCUCGCCAUUUCUCUUGUAGAAUUUGUCGUCGUCGUCUCCUUCUUCUUGCCCUACUCCUUUUUGGUCCCGCGUACUCUGGGUUGUAUUUUAAGUAAUCAACUGCAGUUUGUUGUAAUUCAGCUGAAUUCUGUUGGUAUUGUCAAUUUUUUUGGGGGGUUAUAUUGCUGUUUUGUUUUUGAUAAUUGAUACAUGGGUUUGUUCGAAGACUGAAAAUGUAGGGUUUUUGGAUUGUGUACGAUUCUGUAUCUUAAUUUUUUCCCCACUAUUGGAAUUGAUUGCUAGGUUUGUCUAGAGACCCUAAUAGAGUGGUUGAUUGUUGUUCUAUGCGUUCAUAUUCUGCGUUGGACUCCGUGGCCAGUUAAGGAAAUUUGUUUGUGGCUGAGAUUGGGAGGUGGAUGUUGUUUGGCUGAUUUUUUAGGAUUAAUUGGAGUUUAUUUGGUUUAUAUCGCACUUGGAUUAGAUGGACCAUUUUAUGGUUGAUCCCAAUGGGCUGGAUGAUACUUCGGAUUUUGAAGUUGAUGAGAUAAGGUGUGAGAAUAUAGCAGAGAAAGAUGUCAGUGACGAAGAGAUUGAAGCUGAAGAUUUGGAGAGGCGAAUGUGGAAGGACCGAAUCAAACUUAAGAGGAUCAAGGAAAGAGAAAAGCUUGCAGCACAGCAAGCUGCGGAGAAGCAGAAGCCCAAGCAGAUAACAGAUCAGGCUAGGCGAAAGAAAAUGUCGAGAGCACAGGAUGGUAUACUGAAGUACAUGCUGAAGCUCAUGGAAGUAUGCAAAGUGCGGGGAUUUGUGUACGGUAUAAUUCCUGAGAAGGGUAAGCCUGUCAGUGGUGCAUCAGAAAAUAUAAGGGCUUGGUGGAAGGAGAAGGUGAAGUUUGAUAAGAAUGGGCCAGCAGCUAUAGCAAAAUAUGAGUUAGAGUAUGUUGCCAAUGGUAAGGGAGAUUCUAUUCAAAAGGGAAACCAAAGUGUUCUUCAGGAUUUGCAAGAUGCAACUCUGGGGUCUCUUUUGUCUUCACUGAUGCAACACUGUGAUCCACCUCAGAGGAAGUACCCCUUAGAGAAGAAUAUUCACCCGCCUUGGUGGCCCACAGGGAAUGAGGAGUGGUGGGUGAAACUGGGGCUGCCCAAAGGUCAGAGUCCUCCUUAUAAGAAGCCUCAUGAUUUGAAGAAGAUGUGGAAAGUUGGAGUCUUAACUGCUGUUAUAAAGCACAUGUCACCUGAUAUUGCAAAGAUCAGGAAGCUUAUCCGGCAAUCAAAGUGCUUACAGGAUAAGAUGACUGCUAAGGAGAGCUCAAUUUGGUUGGGGGUUUUGAGUCGAGAAGAAUCACUUAUGCAGCAGCCUAGCAGUGACAAUGGAUCAUCAUCUGGCAUAACUGAGGCACCUUUGGGUGGCCGUGGUAAAAGGAAGAAACCUGCUGUUAGCACUGACAGUGAUUACGAUGUUGAUGGUAUCGAUGAUGGUGGAGGCUGCGUUUCAUCCAAAGAUGACAGAACAAACCAACCAUUGGAUGUGGAACCAUCCAGUCAACCCCAAGAUAUUGCAUCCCAAACCUUCCCAGAUAAAGAGGGACCAGAAGAGCAACCUACAAGCAAAAGACAACGUUUGCGGUCAAGACGUGCUGAUCGACAGGCUGCACCUUCUUCUAGAGAGCAUCUGCAUGAUGAACCAAGAACCAUGCUGCCUGAUAUAAACCAAGCUGAUGUACCUUCCAAUAUAUAUGGCAUCCAAAACAACAAUGACGCAACUGAAGUUAUGAGACCUGUCGAGAAAGAUCUUCAGUUCCACAACCGGUUACCAGCAUCUGAGUUGGGUCAAAUCAUUUCCCUUCCUUCUGCCGAUGCAAUGACCACACAGAACAUGUUUGCUAGUGGCAGGCCCUUGGCAUAUCCAGGGGUUCAAGAAUUUGCACAGCAUCGUCUAUCCCAAAGCUCGAGAUUGCAUAAUGAAACUCAAAAUACCAGCUUGCUUAACGGUCAGAAUUCCAUGAUGCAUCAAGUUCAAGAAUCAGAAAAUUCUCAGUUGCAGCAUGACCCUACAUAUGAUUUUUACACUCCUCCUCUGGAAUUUGGGCCCAGUGGUGACAGACGACAGGUUCUUAGGGCAGAAGUUUAUGGUAACGUACCAACACUCGAUAGAUAUGAAAAUAAUAAUUCUGGAGGAGGCGUGCACCAAUAUCUGAAAGGCACAUUUCAGAAUGAGCAAGAUAGACCUGUUGCAAAUCAGUUUGGAUCUCCAACGAAUAGCCUGUCGCUGGAUUUUGGAGUAUUUAACAGUCCAUUUAAUCUUGGAAUUGAUGGCCCAGGUUCAUUAGACACCAGUGAUAUAGACUUUUUACUUGACGAUGACUUGAUCGAAUACUUCGGAGCAUAGGCUGUCAGAUGUUGGACAAGAAAACCCAGUAUUUGCAGUUGAUUAAUGGACCUCUUUCUGCUCUCAAUUGGACCAUUCUCGGUGGCGUUGUUGUUGAUGCAUCACAAAUCUGUAAGUUAUGACCUUGAUACUCUCUCACUGCAAAAUGCAGUGCACACAUAAUGAAAAGGUUGAAGAUUUUUUGGGUUACUGUUGGCAAUGCCAUAUGUGAUAGUGAGGAACCGCCGCUGAGCAGCCCAUGUACAUGAGUUGACUUCUUUGAUUGGCAAAUAAAUAAUAGGAUUUUGUUUAUUUUCCUUGGA